AUGACGCUCUUCUUCCCACGACGCUCGCGCCCCAUCGUCCUGCUCCUCGCCUGCCUCGCCUUCCCGCAGCGGAGCGCCGCGCAGCAGUGCACCGGCCAGCCCGAUGCGGCUCCUCCUGGGCUCGACCGCAGCCGGUUCGAGGUCGCCGCCCGCUGGGCCGACGCCUUUGUCUCCUCUGGCCGCCUGCCCGGCUUAGUGGUGGCCGUGCAGCGCGACGGCGACCUCUUCGUGCACGCGGCCGGCGCAUACGCUGCCGACACCAUCUUUCGCGUGUGCUCGAUGACCAAGGCGAUCGUCGGCGUGGCGGCGGCAUCGCUGAUCGAGGACGGGCUCCUCCCGCGCGGGCUCGACACCGAGGUCGCCGCGCUGCUGCCCGAGUGGGCGGACAUGCGGGUGGCCGAGGUCUGCGCGCCGAGCGAGCCGGACGCGGCGUGCCCGCUGCGCGAGGCUGGCCACCGCUUCCGUCUCGUCCCGGCGCACCGCAACAUCACCGUCGAGGACCUGCUCACGCACCGCGCGGGCCUCACCUAUGCCUUUUUCCGGGAGCACUUUGACACGUCGCGGUGGCAGCCGUCGGCGGACGUGGCCGCCGCGCUGAUGCGCGAGCGCGGCGACACGGACGUGCUCGGCCGCGUGCUCGAGGUCGUCUCCGGGCGGCCGCUCGGUCAGCUUCUGGCGGAGAGGGUGCUCCGCCCGCUCGGCAUGAACGAUACGGCCUUCCUCCUCUCGCCGGACGACGCGGACAGGCGCGCGAGACUCGCCGAGCUCUUCCACGCCCCGGGCGGGUCGCUGCGGAGCUGCAAGGGGGCGGCCGCGGCCGCGUGGUGCGCGAGCGCGCAGGCGGCGUACGUGGGAGACGGCUCCUCCGUCGCGCUGCAGUCGGGCGGGCUCGCGCCAGCGGGGGACCACGCCUUCCGGAACCUCGACAGCGAGCGGCCCGCCGGCAGCGUGCCCGAGUCGGAAGGCCACGGCGAGCGGCUGGCCGCGGUGGCGAUGUCGCAGUGCCACGGUUUCGACCAGUUCUGCCGCGACCGCGGCGAAGAGCUGCACCGCGGGCUGCGCGACGUGGCCCACGGUCUGCUGCCGUGA